AACCUGUUGAAAAUAGAAAAGUUGGAAAUAUUAGCUUGGAUGAUAGAGAAGAAGUCUAUUUAAAAAAACCUGAAUACUCACCUGAUCCAGAUGAUGAAAAGGCUCAAGAAAGUAGAUUUGUUAAUAAACUUAAUAACAAAGCUAGUGAAGAGGAAGCGAUGAUAUUGAUGGAAGCUCUAUUAGAUGUG